UAUUCUUAAAAUAAUUUAUUAAAAUAAUAGUAUCAGCCCACCCUCAAUCUGCCCGUUGGAAUUGGAGACGCUCCCGUGCUUUCAAAAAUCAAAAAGAUUUCUUUGAAUUCUAUCCAUGUCCAAGAUGAGAUCCGAUCGCAAGCCCCCACUCGCCGCUAUAUCUCCUAUGCGUCUUCGUCCUCGUCGAAUCCUUCGCUCCAGUUCCAACACCGUCCAAUCUCCGCCGGGUUUUUUGACGAAAACCCAAUCGCCGAACCACCCUUGUGAAAUCAAAGAAUCGGUGCUUCGUCCCGAGUACCACACGAUCUCUUGCAAGUUACGCGCCUUGGCGAAGAUGGUGCAAGACGAAUUUGCAAAUGUGGGGUUUGGAAAUACGUCUAGUGCUAUUUCAAGUCCUCUUUUCGAGAGGGGUAGGUUUUACGAUGAGUACUCUGCAAGAAGGAAUGAGAGGCUGAAGAGGAAGAAGGGGGAAACAGGGGUUGAGAAGAAGACUGUGUAUGAUCUCGGUGUUAAAGUCGAAUCUGCGAAGAGAAGGGACUCGAAGAGGUUCGGGGGAUUGACAAAAACAGUCCCAUCUACACCGGUGAUGACGGGUCGGACAGAGAAUCAGCGGUAUUUGCUGAGAAGCAUGACCAAGAAACCCCCUUUGCCUGUGAAUUUCGAGAAAUCUGUGGCCGACGGUGACCGGAAAACUGUUGCUAGAAAGGGUCGGAAAAUCUGAUUUUUUUGAAAUGGGUUUGUGAAAAAGGUCUCAAGUUUGACUUUUGCUUUAGGGGAAUUGGGCUGUUUUGUUUGUGCUAGUUCUGUUUUCUUUGAAACUAGUUGUUUGAUAUGGUGAUUGUGGUUGGUGGUGAUUGAAAAAAACAGAGUUCGAAGAGCUCGGAAAAACUGAAUCUGUGGAGUUUUUCCUUGGAAAUUUUACUUCUGGUUUAAGGAAAUUGGGGCUAUAUUUCAUUAGA